AUGGAGUUAUCACAGAAGCGCGAAAGAGCUGUGAGCUUAAACCCGAGCUUUAGGUUUGCAGCAGCUGGGGCCGCUCUGACGGCCCCGUGGUUGAGUAGGGCUGGCAGUUCUGUUCCCGCUGCUGCUCACUUUCCUCCUGGGACCAACAGACUAGCUCUGUGUGUUCUUACCAUGGCAGUGGCAGAGCACAUCUACCAGAUUGCCUUCGCCGUCAUGGUGAUUCAUACUGCUCACCUCUACUCCGCUGCCUGCUUUAAAACGACAGAAGUCCUCCAUUGGCUGCUGGGCGAGGCCUGUCCUCCUCAGCUUGGCAUUCAGGACUUACUGUAUUUGCCUUCUCUUUUAGGCUGUGAGGAUAUCAUUGCUGAAAGCAUCUCAUUAGAUACCUUAAUUGCCAUCCUCAAGUGGAGCUCUCAUCCAUAUGGCUCUAAGUGGGUGCACCGACAAGCUUUACAUUUCCUCUGUGAGGAAUUUUCCCAGGUCAUGACUUCGGAUGUUUUUUAUGAACUCAGCAAAGAUCAUCUGCUUACUGCUGUCCAGUCUGACUACCUACAGGCAAGUGAACAAGAUAUCCUUAAAUAUCUGAUUAAAUGGGGUGAGCAUCAGUUAAUGAAGAGAAUAGCAGACAGAGAGCCAAACUUACUGAGUGGCACUGCUCAUAGUGUGAACAAGAGAGGUGUGAAAAGACGGGACCUGGACAUCGAAGAGCUUAGAGAGAUCCUUUCCUCUCUCUUACCUUUUGUACGAAUUGAACACAUCUUGCCUAUAAACAGUGAAGUCCUAAGUGAUGCAAUGAAAAGAGGCUUGAUUAGUACUCCUCCAUCAGAUAUGCUUCCUACAACAGAAGGUGGAAAGUCAAAUGCCUGGUUACGGCAAAAAAAUGCUGGAAUCUAUGUUCGUCCUCGGCUGUUCUCUCCCUAUGUAGAAGAAGCGAAGUCAGUGCUAGAUGAGAUGAUGGUGGAACAAACAGACCUUGUGCGUUUGCGAAUGGUUAGAAUGUCCAACGUGCCAGACACACUGUACAUGGUCAGCAACGCCGUGCCUCAGUGCUGCCACAUGAUCAGCCACCAGCAGAUCAGCAGCAGCCAGUCAAGCCCUCCUUCGGUGGUAGCAAACGAAAUCCCAGUUCCUUGUCUCCUCAUUAUGAAGGACAUGGUCAGACGUCUGCAGGAGCUACGGCACACUGAGCAGGUGCAGAGGGCCUACGCGCUCAACUGUGGGGAAGGCGCCACAGUCAGCUAUGAAAUUCAGAUUCGUGUGUUGAGAGAGUUCGGGCUUGCCGAUGCUGCAGCAGAACUCUUGCAGAAUCCUCACAAAUUCUUUCCUGAUGAACGUUUUGGAGAUGAAAGUCCACUCUUGACAAUGAGACAGUCUGGGAGAUGUCGAGUUAACAGCACCCCCACUGCAGAAACCAUGUUUACAGAUCUGGAAUCUUUCGUGGCCUUCCAUCCACCCUUACCCCCUCCACCGCCUCCCUACCACCCGCCAGCGACCCCAAUCCACAACCAGCUCAAAGCAGGCUGGAAGCAAAGACCUCCCAAUCAGCAUCCUUCACGUUCGUUUUCUUAUCCCUGUAAUCACUCACUGUUUCACUCCAGAACAGCCCCUAAAGCUGGCCCCCCUCCAGUCUACUUGCCAGGUGUGAAAGCAGCGGCCCCUGAUUGUACCAACACCACAGGGCUGGGGAGACAGACGGUGGCUGCCGCCACCGCCACCGCCGCCGCCGCCACCUCAGUAACAACAGCAUCUGAGAAACAAGUGUGCACACAACCUGUGCUAAACGAUCUAAUGCCAGAUAUUGCCAUGGGUGUAUCCACGCUGUCACUCAAGGACAGGAGGCUUCCAGAACUUGCUGUGGACACAGAAUUAAGCCAGGCAGUUUCUGAAGUAGGACCAGGGCCUCCCCAACAUCUAUCGUGUAUUCCACAGAGGCAUACACAUACAUCUCGAAAGAAACACACACUAGAGCAAAAAACAGAUGCUCGAGAAAAUCAGCAGGAAUAUCCGGAUUUCUAUGACUUCUCAAAUGCUGCUUGCAGACCAUCCACUCCUGCCCCGGGCAGACGUACCCCCUCCCCUUCACAGGGUGGAUAUUUUGGUCCCGAUUUGUAUAGCCACAAUAAGGCAUCACCAAGUGGCUUAAAGUCAGCCUACCUACCAGGCCAGACCUCGCCUAAAAAGCAGGAAGAAACUAGGAAAGAAUAUCCACUUCCCCCCGAUGGCCAUCCACACAGACAGAAGAGUGAGCCGAUACACCUCGACGUUGUUGAGCAGCCCCCCCAGCGGCCAGAUUUUCCCUUGGCAGCCCCAGAAAAUGCCGGCAGUGGUUCAGCCCAUGUCAGGGGGCGAGCAGCAGGGGAAACUGACUUGACUUUUGGGCUGACUCCUAACAGACCUUCACAUUCUGCAUGUAGCUCUGAAGCUCCAGAAGAGAGAUCCGGCAGAAGACUGGCAGAUGAGUCCCUGGGCCACGGAGCUCAGCGAAAUACAGAUUUGGAAAGGGAAGAUUCAGUCAGCAGAGGAAGGAGGUCCCCGAGCAAGCCAGACUUCCUCUACAAAAAGUCUGCCCUUUGAGAGUAACCUCGAAGUCGUCCGUGCCUGAGAUGUGAAACAUCCCAUUUUAUGAUGUAACCCAACAACUUAGAGACCAGUUUAUUGAUGCCAGCUGAUAACUCAGUUUCACAUUAUUUUAUUCUAGUUUUUGUAUAUAUACGUUUAUUAGACAUGG